UCCCGCUACCAUUGAUUCACGUUGAAAGCGUGGAUCACACCAAAAAUGACUACAUAUUCCAAAAAAACAUUUUGUCCCUGGCCGGGUGCCGUGUUUUCAAAAUACACGGAGUUAGCCGAUUACUUUUAUUUGUUUUAAAAAUUGUUAAUAACUGUUCCAGAGGUAAUUAAAAUAUAGUAACGUUAAGCAUGAGGAUGAGGAACCUCUGGACCAAAGCAGGUGUUCUGGGCUCGGUGUCCAUGGCGUUUGGAUCCAUGUUCUGGUCUCAUAAGAAGACAGAACCAACUCAGACGGAUUCGGGUUCGGCCCCCGCAUGCACGGAACCACCUUUUCCUUACGAGCUCAAACUCGUGCAAGUCCUGUUCCGCCACGGAGCACGAACUCCGCUGAAGUCUAUACCAGAUGUCAUGGAGGCCCAGUGGGUGCCUAACCUGCUGGAACCCCCAGCACACACACAGAUCAACUAUGCGGUGACAGACCUGGAAGGAGGUCCACGGCCCUCCUCACCGGUGGAGGACAGCUACCGGGCCAACAUACUGACCGGGGGUACGUACCCAGGUCAGCUGACCACGGUGGGCAUGCAGCAGCUGUAUGAGCUGGGAGAGAGGCUGAGGAAGAGGUACAUCCAGGCCACAGCCUUCCUCAACCCUACCUUCAGCCCUACAGAGGUUUAUGUGCGUUCCACUAACAUUGUGAGAACCAUAGAGUCUGCCAAGUGCCUGGUGGCAGGGCUGUUCCAUCAAAGCCAGAGCGACAUGGUUCCCAUUCUGACGACUGAGGCAGAGUCAGAGAUCCUGUACCCUAACUACCACGGAUGCAGACUGCUCAAACUCCUCAGUGGUCAUCGCUGGGCGGCAUCAUCCACUCUGCCAGACAUCGCUGCGGACCUGAGGAGCAUCAAGAGUGCUCUGGGCAUCGCUGCCCACCAACGGGUUGACUUCAUCCUCAUCAGGGACGACAUGGUGGCGAGAGAGACCCACGGCCUACCCUGCCCACCAGUCCUGGACUCCUGGAGGAACACAGUGGAGCAGAGAGCUGUGGAGAUGAUCUACCACAUCUACGAACCCAGCAAGAGGGAGAACCUGCAGCUGUGUGUGGGUCCCCUCCUGCAUACCCUGAUGGACAACAUAGAAGACAAAUUACAGGACACAACCUCAGAGCCCAACAGGAAGCUGUUCCUGUACUCUGCCCACGACACCACUCUGAUACCCUGUCUCAUGGCUCUGGGGAUUUUUGACAUGCGAUGGCCACCGUACGCUGCAGACAUCACCCUGGAGCUGCACCAGCACCGGCAGACCAAAGAGGCCUUCGUCAAAGUGUCAUACAUUGGCCAGGACCAGUUGAUUCCAGGCUGUAAUGGAGUCUACUGCCCCCUGCAGGAGUUCAAGCAGGCCCUCUCCAACUACUCACUGACCUCUGAACUCUACGAGUCACUCUGCAACCACACAGAGGGCGUGGCUGACCCCUGAGGCUUCUGCGACCCCCUCCUUACCUCUCACCUUUGACCCCCAGCUCUGCCCCAUGCACUCUCACUGUUACCAGCCACCAUGUUUACAUCCCACCAGAGACCUCCACUCUCCAGCCUAGCAUUAGCCUAUUACUAGCCAGUGUAUUACAACAGAGAUUUUCAAAGUGUCUUAAUGUUCAUUGAAGGGAGGCCCACUGUCUCAGACUUUGAAAACGGCUAUAUUUACAGUACAAACAGUCUAAACGCACAAAUGUAGCUUCACUGUCAAAGUGCAUAACUGCCUUUGAACCAUAUCCUGUGUGUUACUGCUCCUACUGGUUUAGAUUGAGACAGUUUUACUUACAGAGAUCUUAAUUAUUGAAAUAAUCUGGUGAUAUAAUCUGCCUAAAAAAUAAGUAUGUUACCGAUUAUAUUCAUAUUCAGUAUGGAAAAUGUAUGCACUCACUAACUGUAAGUGCUCUGGAUAAGAGCGUCUGCUAAAUGACUAAAAUGUAAAUAAGCAAUGUGCAUUUACUGUAUGUCUGUAGAUAUACUGCAUUUAUCCAAUUACUUUAUGCACUAUAAAGACAGAGCACCAGAUUCUAGAUAUUUACUUUCUGAAAUAUGUUCUGGCUUUGUUGCUUUUAGAGUGAACCAAAAUUCUUCAUAUCAAACUGCAAUCUUUUCCUCAGGGGAAAACCAAGCACAUCAUGUAAGUAGUGUUCAUAGACCAAGGGAACCAAAUGUAUGGUAUGAGUGUGUGUGUGCAUAUUUACCCACACCAAAUCAUUCAUUUUAGAACCUGUUCAAAGGGAAUUAUUCUGCUAAAGAUCUGUUGUGUGAGUGAAACAGUAUGUGCUGCCUUUUAGGAAUUUGUUGAUUAUAUUGUGUAUAAAUUAUAUGCAUGGACAUAUGAGCAAAUAUACACACCCACAUUGGCGUGAUUUAAUUUGCUUGUUAGUUGUAUGCCUCAUCAUGGAGAGUUGCCCUGAAAUUCUGUGACUUUGCUUUGGAGUGGUGGAGAGUAAUAAAGAGAGAGUUGGUCAAUG